AUGGCGGAGUGCCGGCAUCCUCGACCCCCUGGUAGUAGUAACCGCGAGCGCCUAGCAGACGAUCAGAAGGCGAUGUAUCUGAUGAGCGUGACAACUUACCUCAUUAAGGUGCAUCUGUUGGCCAGUCACUUGUCGGUACCCGACCGAAACAGAAAUCUGUACGGUUCAAGUCCGAUCGUACUUCAGCACCUGCGGCAAUUUCAUCACAACUAUCGUCUCUUCGGGACGCAGCCAGAGACGUAUCUGAGGUACAUCUUCGUAAUCGGAAAGGUCUCUCUGGGAAAUGAGGAAUAUGAGGAGAUCGCUGUCCGUCAUUUCAGGGUCGCGUACAGACGUUGGAGCGGUGAAACGGUUGACUCUGGCCGUCAAGCCUUGCUCAGCCCCACCGAUAUCGUCUUGCCCAGGGGCUUCGAUCUUGCCCGAGAGCUCCACACUGCCAGUGGUCAGAAUCCCGAUCCGCGAUCUGGUUACGAGCAGUCCUACGCAAAUCCCUGGUUUUGGGAUUGGCGUGAUCGGCGAACCGAGGCGCAGACUCUGCUUGCUUACCUCAAGGUACCCUCGCGCAUGUGCAAUUCCUUCGAGCAUUCGUUCAGUCUGGACUGGCAUAUGGCGAAUUUUCACCGAUUACACCGGAGCUGCGGCGUUUCACCCCUGUGCUAUAUGCAGCGAGUUUUGGUCCUGGGCGAGGCAAUACUUGACGAUGAACCAUCCACAGUGGAAGCCAUGAUUAGCCACACAUUUCUUCCACAUUUUGCGAUUCUGUACUCUCAGUGGUCAGGGAUCAUGGUUGAUUGGCGCGUGGAUGCGGAAAUACAGCCGCUCAUACGCACGAUUUCCGUCCCAUUCGAUGUGGACAUGGACAAUGUCUGGAAUCGUGGUGGUCAGGGCGAGGCGGCUAUGCACUUCGGCAGCCAGCAGACGGAGAAUCUAAACCCCCCGCCGCCCGCCCCCGCGCCCAGCUCUUCCCUCCGUGGCAGCGAUCCCCUCGCGGCAGUGAUGCCUCGCAGCACGGAAGCGACGCCAAGGGCAACGGCCCUUCAACGACCGGAGAACAUCCUUGCCCGUUGGCAUCCUCUUGACGCCAAACGGAUCGAAGUUUGCGGCCUGAAGGGAUUAAACGCAUCCCUACUCGCCUCACUCUUGCUGCAGGAGGAUCAGAAACAUGACCUAUAUUCGCUGAAUACACAUCUGCUCCAACAUCUGGCCUUUUAUCAGCAGGAGAAAACAUUCUUCGGGACAGACGCAAAGACAUACCUGAACUGGGUUCUGGGCGCAUCAAAUGUGGAGCUCCGUAACGACAUGAAGGAGCGUUGGCUUGAGGUCUUGGAAGCAUCGCACGACCUGGACGAAUCCUUCACCGAGGAUGACACCAGUGACGACGAGUCAUAUAGUGAAGUCCUCCAACCCACGAGCCUGCGUUUAAUCGCGGCGGUCGUAAAGAGAAGGGGCGGAGAAAAGGCCACCGAGGGUAUCGUCCUCGCACACCCGUCUGCACACCCACUAUUCAUGUCGUGGGAUGAGCGGAACAAGGAGGCGAGUCACUAUCGGUACAAGGCAUAUCGAAUAACCCUCGAAUUUCAUCUCACGAACUACGACAAUCUCCGAAAAUCUUGUGGCCUGCCCGUUCGAGAGUAUCUGCUGCGCGUCUUCUCGCACGCCAACGUGUUUCAACAUCUCGAAGUGCCUGGAAUGCACUAUGACGGUUAUGUGAAUGUGGGGGAAAGCGGGAAGCCGUGCUGUAGCUGUAAAGGGUUGAACGACAUGAACCGCACACCAAAGCGGGAAGCCUUACCUUUGUGGCGAAACGAGGAAUCGUGUAUCGCACUUGCCAUCCUCCGGCGCAGCAUCGCAUUCGGUGCCGUAACACGGUUGCAUUCCAUGCAUCGCGACACUCAAGGUGUGGACGAAGAUGGAUGCCGCGAGGCAGCUGCAAACGAUUAA